AUGGCCGACCCCCACAUCAUCCUCGAAACCCACCUCUACUCCUUGCCCCCCAACGGCGCUCCCCCUUGGAUCCGCAGCUUCCACCUCCGCCUGUGCCCAACCGCCGCCACCAAGGCCGAUAUCCUCACCCUCGUCCGCAACUCCGUCGUCCGCAUAGGCCGCGCCGACCCAGUCGUGGAAGCGCAGGUGACGCUCUUCUUCACGCGCAACGGCCACGUCGCGUCCCUCCCCGGAGCCAGCAACCUCGGCACCAACUGCGUCGCCGUCCCGAUCUACCAGCCUCCUCAGCUGAUCAACUACUAUGUCUCGCAGCCGCAGCAGCAGAUGGGUGCUCCCGGCUGGCCUCUGGGCCUCACCUACGCUAACGGCGUCAACUGGCUGCACUCAUACGGCCCCGGAGGUAUGAUGGGUAUGGGAGGAGGACAGCAGCAGCAGCAGAUCAUUGUCGGCGGUCAAAUUGGCUUUAUCAACGUCAAUGUUCCAUCUGUCAAUGUAUCUGGGGGCCGUCCGGUUGUGUCUGACGUUUUCAGGGAGGCUCGGCUCGAUGGAAUCGCGGAGGCAGCUUUGGGAGGACUGUUGGAGUGGGUUGGAGGACCGAACGGUCUGAAGCUGAUCGUCAUUGUGGAUGUUGACGGACGGGAUGUUCUGCCUGCGGUUAUAACCCUGCCGGAGACGCCUUCGGUGGUCACCCCUCCCGGUGCUCAGGCUACUUCGCCUCCUGCUGCGGAAGAUGCCCCCGCCGAGCCUACGGCCGAGUAA